GUCAAAUUUCCCUUCCUUACUUAAUUGUUGGGAUCAACAAUAUGGCGAAUGUCAGAACAAUCCGUGGGCGACAUUCGGAUAACCCCAGGUCGAAGCGUCAGCAACGGUUACGGCGAAGACUCCGAUUGAUGUUUGGUGCAUUCGAAUACUGUCAUGAAUGUGAUGCGGACAUCUCUCUUCUAAUUCGACUAAAAGACACGGGCCAAAUCUAUAUCUUCAAUUCUGAUAGCCAGUGGCAGCCAUCCAAAGAGCAAUUAGCAAGUUAUUACCCCAAGCCGAAACAAGUGACUUGGGAAGAACUCGCCUCUAAAUACCGAGUCUGACAAGCAUUAUUACUAUCUGGCACCGCGAUGAAUACGAGGUCGCAGGCAUCAGAACUAUGAGUCCAAAAAGCGGAACGUCCAUGGUCUUAGCCGA